UUUCUAUGUUUGGUUUUAAAAUGGUGGUCAAUAUCAUCCAAGAGUAUCCACGUGCCGAAGAUAUAUGUUUUGGUAUGGAAUCCAGAAUUAAAAUUCGUAAGAUCGCUUGCUGGUAACGAUGGUAGACUGCGACAGAGAGUUCUCAAGAACCUUAGAACAUGGCUUACAACUAGGAGUCGGAGUACUUUUGCGUUUACUGUGCCCGACUUUCUAAGGUUGUGGAAGGGUUUGUUUUAUUGUAUGUGGAUGUCAGACAAACCUUUAAAUCAAGAGAAUUUAGCUGAUGAAAUUGCUUCUUUAGUGAGAUGUUUCGGUGAUUUGAACGCAGCACUACUAUAUUUCAGAGCAUUUCUUGAAACGAUGUGUAAUGAAUGGUUUGGAAUCGAUCGUUGGAGAAUUGACAAAUUUAUGAUGUUAGUUCGUCGGUGCACUCGCCAGAUAUUAAUCGAACUACACGAAGCUCAAUGGCCACAUGAACACGUUGAUGCUCUAAUGAAACUAGUGGAAAAUACUAUUCUCAACCCAGACAAGUGUGCAUUUGGACUUACUAAGCAUUUCGAUGAAUUGCUUUUUGAAGAAGUUUCCAAAGCAAGCGAUGGAAGCGUACCUGCUGAAGUUAUCCAUAUAAUGGUGCGAACAUAUGCUAUACAGUUACUUGGAACAAACGACCGGCGAAUGAUUAAGCACAUCACAUCAAGCAUAUUUCAUAAUCUCUUGUACCAAUCCGAAUUGGGACAAGAUUAUCUGGAAAAAUUUGAUUUUUGGAAGAAAACUGCUUUUGUGACUGGGAAUAUUGAUCAUGUGGAUUUCGAAGUUCAGUAUGAGAGUGACGAAGCUGAGGAAGAAAAUGAACAUAGUAAUGAACAGGAUAAAACCUACGAUCCUCGUGCAGGUCAAGUUGAUGUUUUCAUACAUGCAAUUAGUUUUGAUCCAUUAAAAAUAGUUGACGUUUUUGAAAGCAAUCGAUUCAAAUCUUUUGUUACGUCGAAAGGGAAAAAACAAAUGAAAAUGCUUGUCAAACAAUAUAAACAAUUUGCAAAAGGAAUAUUUCCGCUGGGUAUUCAAUCAGUCGAAAGUAUUUCAACAAAAGAUUAUUAUGUAGAUAUCGAUCAGCAGGUUGAAGAACUAAACAGUUACCAUAAAGAACUUUUCAAAGAAAACAACAAAAAUAAAUUAAAAUGUAAAGAGAUGACUGUUGGUACAAAACCAAACCAUGAUUGUUUGCAAAUUGAGAAAAUAAACAGUGAGGGUAUUGUGAAUAAAAAAAAGAGAAAGGCUUCAAAACUUCAACUGAACGAGAAAAAACUGAAUGAAAUGAAACUUAAAAGAGGUGAAAAAAGAAAAGUUAUUAGGAACAAAAAAUCUUGCUUUAAACAAAGUUUUCAUGUUCCAACAGAGCAGACAGUGAAAGACGUUCUAAUACCAAUUGAAUCAUCAAUUAAGGCAAAGCAAAACAUAAAUAAACUAAAAGAAAUAUUUGACGUCAAAGAUGAGUCGACUGAACAAAAAGGAAAAGGACCACAUGAUCUUACACCGCAACAAACAAAACUUUCUGUUUUUUCAAAGCGUUGUAAAAAAGUACAAAAUCCAACGUUGAAUUUAUCAACAUCGGUUGAAAAUCCGUUUACAACACCAAAAAGUACAGCGAAGAGUUUGAAACGCUCCUUGGAAACACCAACUACUACAGAUUUAUUCGGAACAAAGAAACGGGUUAAAAUAGCAUUAAAUAAAAAUAUUUCACAAGAUUUACAUCAGCACAUUCAGAAAGUUAAAAAUUCCCCUCAACUUCCAUAUGACUCCUCUAAGAAACCAUCAAAAGGUGCUUUGAAACCAAAUUUAAUUCCUAGUCCCAUCAAUCCGUUUUAUCGAAAAAAGAUUGGUUUCAAACUUAAACACAAAUUGUAGCAUACCUUUGUAUAUUUGAUCUGUAAUAAAUAUUUACUGUCAAAUAAAGUUUAAGUAUGUUGAAUUCA